AUGCAAAGUUCUGGCAUGCCGUGGCCUGGUGACGAAGGUGCAGAGAGAUGGGAGCAAGCAUGGAUGGCCAUAAAGAAGGUAUGGGCCUCAAAGUGGAAUGAUAGGGCAUACUUCAGUACAAGAAAAGUUAAGCUUGAUCAUGACUGUCUUUGCAUGGCUGUCCUAGUUCAAGAAAUAGUAAAUGCUGACUAUGCAUUUGUUAUCCACACCACUAACCCAUCUUCUGGGGAUUCAUCAGAAAUAUAUGCUGAGGUUGUCAAGGGGCUUGGUGAGACACUUGUGGGAGCUUACCCAGGUCGUGCACUGAGCUUUAUUUGCAAGAAAAAUGACCUGAAAUCUCCUCAGAUUUUAGGUUACCCCAGCAAACCUAUUGGCCUUUUUAUUAGGCGGUCUAUAAUUUUCCGGUCAGAUUCAAAUGGUGAAGAUCUAGAAGGUUAUGCCGGUGCUGGGCUUUAUGAUAGUGUCCCAAUGGAUGAAGAGGAUAAAGUGGUGCUUGAUUACUCAUCUGAUGCAUUAAUUGUUGAUGGUGACUUCCGUCAUUCGAUUCUGUCUAACAUAGGUGUUGCAGCAAAUGCCAUCGAGGAGCUAUAUGGAUCCCCCCAAGAUAUCGAAGGUGUUGUCAAGGAUGGUAAAAUUUAUGUAGUCCAAACAAGACCACAGAUGUGA